AUGGGCUUCCUCCACCGUCUCAAGUCCACUCCCGCCCCCGACCCGUCCACCGCCCCCCGCGCCACCCCCAAGCGUCUCAGCACACCCAAGAAUGCACUCGUCCACGCCGACUCCGUCGCCUGCAUCGCCUACUUCCCCGCCGCCCCCUCCACCGAGCUCAGCCCGCGCCUCGGCAUGAACCUCGACGUCCGCUUCAUCCGCCCCGGCCGCCCCGGCACCGCACUCGCCAUCCCCCUCUCCUCCUCCCUCUCCUUCUCCAACCUGCCGCCCCGCCACGCGCCGCCGCCGUACGCCCAGAAGGAGACCCGCCCCACGCACGCCCAGAAGGAGACCCGCCCCACGCACGCCCAGAAGGAGACCCGCCCCACGCACGCCCGCGCCGAGUCCCUCCCCACGGCGUUCCCCGCGCCCCCGCUCUCCUGCCCGCACCUCGUCCUCCCCGCGCUCGACGAGCUCCUCGUCGACGCGCCCGCACCUCAGCCGCAUGUCCGCGCUCGGGUCGUCGCCGCGCUCCAGCGCCUCGCGCGCCGCCCGCCCCGCGCCCACGCCCACGCCGACGCCGAACAGCGCUUCCAGGACGCACAGCACGCCAUGCACCGCUGCUGGCGCUGCCGCCGCGCCGGCGGCCGCCGUCCCGCCUGCAGGGCAUUCCGCCACCCGCCUGCAGAGACCGAGCUGUUCGCGUAG